GACAACUGCCGCUGCGCGCAAUGCGUAAACCAAGAUACCCUGCAGCGCAACUUUGACACUUUCGCGAUACCGAAAGACCUCUCGCCCCAGGAGAUCUCGCCCAAGAAUGACGGCGUCGACGUUUUAUGGUCGGAUUCCCACAAGAGUCACUACCCUUGGUCUUGGUUAAGCCUCACUCUUCGCGACAUAAGCCAUAAGAAGCUUGCGAACCAAGAAAAGCUCUGGGGCGCCACGAUAGCUUCAGCUCCUCCAGAAGUCCGGUUUGACGAUGUCAUGAGCAGCACUUCUCCGAAGGGACUGGCCGACUUGACCAGCAAGAUUCGUCAAUAUGGGCUCUGCUUCGUUACCGACUCGCCAAAAACUCCAGAGGCGACAGAGAAGCUCUUGGAAACCAUCGGGCCUAUACGAAACACGCACUAUGGCGGCUUCUACGACUUCAUUCCAGAUCUAGCCCUCGCUGAUACGGCCUACACCAACUUGGCUCUCCCAGCUCAUACAGAUACAACAUAUUUUACGGAACCGGCUGGUCUACAGGCUUUCCAUCUGCUGUCUCACACACCACCUGCCAACAAGCCCGCUGAUGAGGUUCUUGGCGGGCAGUCAUUGCUCGUCGAUGGAUUCCAUGCCGCCGAGACUCUUAGAAAGGAAUCGCCAGGAGAUUUUGAGAUACUGCGCAAAGUCAAGCUGCCAUGGCAUGCUAGCGGCAACCAAGGCGUUGCAAUUGCGCCAGAUAUGGCAUAUCCAGUGAUUGAAACCAAUGGCGGCAACUUGCACAGGAUCAGGUGGAACAAUGACGACCGAGGCGUUGUGCCCACGGAUAUCGACGUCGAUGCGUGGUACCAAGCGGCACGGAAAUGGGAUGAGAUACUGAAAAGUAAAGAGAGCGAGUUCUGGUUCCAACUUGAGCCAGGACGAGUGCUGAUCUUUGACAACUGGCGGGUGCUUCAUGGGCGAAGCGCCUUUGAGGGGCUGCGGCGCAUCUGCGGCGCGUAUAUCAGCCGUGAUGACUUUAUCUCUCGCUGGAAAAUGACCAACUUCCCACGAGAAGAUGUCAUUGCGUCGAAUAUGCAGCUACGAUAA